AUGGGGAAAAACAUCCUUUGGUACACACCAGUAGGACUUCGUUCCGAUUCAGAAAGCAUCUACGGGAGCCAACACGUGAAGACAUUUAUUUUGCACUCGCGGUCCAAUUUCAUAAAUACCUCUUACCAUCAGGACAAGAUGGCUCACGGUUUCCACUUCCAGGUGGGACUUGGUUUUGAACAAGACAAUGUCGCCACUCGCGUAAAAUACAAAAUUGAACGUGCUGGAGAUAAGAGAGAUGUAGUUUCGGAAGACCUCGUUAGCAGUUUAAAACCGAAUGUCCCAAAUCAACCCGCAUGCGACCACGAGGCAGAGUUGGUUAAUACGCAAUGA